AUGGCAAUGACCACCCACACCCAAGUGACUGAAUUCAUACUUUCAGGGUUAACAGAUCAAGCUGAGCUGCAGGCUCCCCUCUUCAUGUUGCUCCUAGCUAUGUACACUAUAACUGUUAUAGGAAAUCUCAGUAUAUUCUUCCUGAUAACUGUGGAUUCCCACCUGCACACUCCUAUGUACUUUUUCCUGGCUAGCUUGUCCUUCUUGGAUAUUUGCUACUCUCCAGUCAUCUUCCCCAAGAUGCUACAGAACAUCCUGUCUGAGAACAAGGCCAUUUCGUACAAUGGUUGUGCAGCACAAAUGCUCUUCUUUGGAGCCUUAGACAAUGAGUGUUUCCUGCUGGCAGUGAUGGCAUAUGAUUGCUAUGUAGCCAUCUGUAGCCCCCUGCUCUAUACAACCAUCAUGUCCUGCCAAGUCUGUGUCCAGCUAGUGUCUGCUUCUUACCUAGCAGGCUUCAUUCACUCUGCAAUACACACAGGUUUCACCUUUACUUUGUUGUUCUGUGGGCCCAAUGAAAUCAAUCAUUUCUUCUGUGACAUCCCUCCACUAAUAAAACUUUCCUGCUCUGAUACUCAUGUCAAUGAGAUGGUUAUGUUUGUAGCCACAUUACUUAUUUCAGGGGGCUCCAGCCUAACUAUCCUUGUCUCUUACGGAUACAUCCUGGCCACCAUUCUGAGGAUUCACUCAGCUGAAGGUAGACGCAAAGCCUUCUCCACCUGCACCUCCCACCUGACUUCAGUUUCUAUAUUUUAUGGUAGUAUUCUUUGCAUGCAUCUACAGCCUGCUUCUGGCUACUCCCUGGAGCAAGACCAUCUGGCUUCUGUGUUCUAUACUCUGGUGAUCCCCAUGCUGAACCCCCUGAUCUACAGCCUAAGAAACAAGGAUGUGAAAGAUGCCAUAAAGAGAGUAAUUAGAAACAGAAUUUACUGA